AUGUCGCGAAGGUAUCGAUCACGACCAACGGGUGGCGAUGGCGGUGUUAAGACGCCCUUACAACCCAAAUCAGCGAACUCCCAGAACUCAAUCGAUCGACUCGUGAGGCCAUUCAAAUGUCCCGGCUCUGCGACACCAACGCGGGCAUCUGAGAAGCCUUCGAGGAAGAAGCGGAAGGUCAAUUACGCCAAUGCUGAUGGAAGCGUCGAGGAUGGCGAGAAGCCGUAUACCAACGAUGACAGACUCGCUCUGGCAACCAGAGAGGUCAACAAGUUUCCGGUUUUCAAGCCGAGAGACAAGGAUACGGCAUUUAGGUCUCGAUUUCAGGUCCCAUUGCUGAACAAAGACACGGAUGACUACAAUUCUGGACGGGCCGCUCCAACAUUGGGUAUGCGACGGGGCGCAACAUUUGUCGUUAAACCGCUCCAUGACCCGAGUGGAGAGUUUGCCAUCGUGCUAUAUGACCCGACUGUGGAUGAUGUCGCUCAAGAACCUGCGCCUAAAAGCCUGGAGGCGCCCGAGGAAGAAGCACCGAAAAUUGAUGAACCAAUCGUGCAUAAAAGUUUGGCCGACAUUCUAGGUCUCAAAAAGGACGUUGAAGAACGACCAAAGGUGCCGGUUGUGAUUGAUCCUAGGCUGAGCAAAGUUCUUCGGCCACAUCAGGUUGAGGGUGUGAGGUUUCUUUAUCGCUGUGUGACCGGUUUGGUAGAUAAGAAUGCCAAUGGGUGUAUCAUGGCAGAUGGUAUGGGUCUGGGCAAAACACUGCAAUGUAUUGCUUUGAUGUGGACUCUCCUAAAGCAAUCCUCGGAGGCUGGGAAAACCACAAUCCAGAAAUGCGUUAUUGCAUGUCCGUCGAGUUUGGUCGGCAAUUGGGCAAACGAAUUGGGUUAG